CUCAACCGGUGUGUACUGUACACUGCAGGUGAAAAGAAAGCACGUUACUACACCGGAAUGUGAAAUUGUCAUAUAAACGAUUAUGACAACGCGUGUGACGAAACACAUGUAGUUAUUUAAUAGCAAGGUGUUUUAAAUUGAUUUUAAUAGAGUUUUAAUUGAUCGAUGAUGGAUGUAAGUUUUAUGAGUGGGGCCGAGGCGGAUGUGUCGUCUGAUGAGUCGAGCGAGGAGGAAUUGCCCCUUCCACCCAGCCCCCUGAGGGAGGGCACGGGGGAACCCUUCACCGUGGUGCUGAAAGGCGGCCGACCAUGGGGGUUUAAACUCACCACAGGUUCUGAAUCCAAGUCAUCAAUUAUGAUCAGUGAGUUUGAUGCGGGUGGCAAGGCAAUAUCCAGUGGGCAGCUGCGCGUGGGAGAUCAUGUGUUGGCUGUGAAUGACGUACGGUGCCACACCCAGACCGAGGCUAGACAGCUCAUAGAAAGCGCCUUCAACACCUUGACCCUCAGAGUGUGGAGGGCUGCUGGAGACUCGUUAUCUCCCCCUGUGCGGUCAGCCUCAUUCCUGCAGAAGACUCGAGAGCUGUCUGAGCGUGCCCGACAGCAGGCUGGUGUACAGGAUGACAGCGUGCUGUUCUCAGAGUCCAGGAGUGCGAGCACGCGCAUGAAACCUCGACAGAGACGCAUAGAAAGCUUUCAUGGUGGCAGGCGACCUUCGGCUCAGCCUAGCGGGAGCCCUUCUUCCACCAAUCAGACACCAGUAGGGACCCCCCGCCAGCAGCCAACCCCUAGUGUGACCCCAAGCCCAUCCAGCCCCUCAGAUGGUAGCCAGGUGUCUUCAGCCUCUAAACCCAGUCUCAAAGGCUGGGCCACCGAGCAUGACUUGUCAUCGUCACGACAACCUGUCAUAAUGUCAGGAAGUCAUGUGACCCGCAAUGUGCCAUUAUCAUCCGCUAAAUCAUCUCCAAGCCUAAAUCAAGAUGAGCCUCACAAUGUUGCAACAUCUAAUACGCCACGGGGGUAUAGUCCAAAACCAUUAAAAACUAUGACAAGAUCUACGACUGAUCUUCCUGAGCAUGUGAAUUAUGAAAAUGUGACUUCACCCACCAGUCCAAAAAGUCCUGGGUGGUACCAGCAACCAUUGCCAAAUCGUAGUGUGUUUGACUUUUCUCCCUCGAGUAAUUCUCGAAGGAGCCCAAGAAAUUCUUACGCUGGUGGAAGUCCAAGGAACUCAUAUGCAAGUGGAAGUCCGCGCAAUUCUUACGCUGGUCUCUCCUCUGCCUACUCAUCUGCAUCUCCAAUGCCAGGGUUCGCGCCAAUGUCUGUGCCAAGCACCUCUCUGUACCAGCCUGUGGACCAGGCAAGGAGCAGUGCAUAUAGUGCUUAUAAUCAAAAUCCAAACCUAACUGGUGCAAAUGUAAACAGCUUUGAUGAUACCCCUACUCCAAAACAAAACAGGUCGUACGACCGGAGAUCCCUUCCACCCCAGGCUUUGAAUCAGUUUAGAGAAUAUGAACGAGAAUAUGAACGAGAAUUUAACAAAACUAACGCUCAAAAACAUUUGACCAGUAUGCCAGUGACACGAGAGGAGGAUGACACAGAUAGGGAGGUUCGGGGAAUUCGACCCAAACCCCCUAAUGACCUUGACCUUAGGCCCAUGUGUUCACCCCCAGCCCCGCCUGUGAGAGAUAUUUCAAGUCUAAAAUACGUGAAAUCACAUCAAAAUCAUGAGAAAUAUCCAUCAUGGCCUGUGACAGCUGCUCAGCAGCCUCAAAACUUUAAGUCACCGAUUGACACUCAGCAAAGUGAAAAGGGUAAAGAGAGUGAAUCAAGUAGUGAGAAAAGUGAUCAAAGCCAGAGGCAGUAUGCAAAAGAAAGAACUAAGAAAGAAAGUCCUAGUGUUGAACGUAAGGGCAGUGAUGAGUUUAAGCAGCCUAGAAAUCAAAGUGAUCCUGGAUUUAAAAAGCCAAAGAAAAGUUUUUACACUACUCGCAAGCCUGUUGAACCAAGUAAUGAAAACACCAAACCAGAAGGGGAAAGAUUUGAUGAAUUUUACAAAAGUUCUAAUCCCGGCUAUCCGCCUCCCAAGUUAGACCCUGAUGGUCAUAACUAUGGCGAUGAAAAAUACAGCAUUCCUUCUCCACCGGAACGCGAUGUACCAGGUUGUGAUGAUAAAUCACUGGUGGAGAAAAUUGCAGCCAUGAUAUCACCCCAGUCUCAGCCAUAUCACUACAGUCUGCAAUAUAACAUGGAGCAUGGCGGCUCGCGUGGCCUACAUUCAGAUGCCUCACCACACCAGUUUCAUUCAGCCAACUCCAAAGUUCCCGGAAUGUACUUUCAGCAGGCAAUGAAUGCUCAAAAUCUACUUAGAUCUAACAAUUCUAGGUCUAAAGGAACUGUGGAUUCGUGUACAAGUCCAAUCCCAAACCAUUCUGAGGAGAAGUCACAGGAUUUAAAGACAAUAACUGCCAACCCAAGACACCCAUCUGCAUUCUCCCCUGCAGAGAAACCCAGAGCAAUUGUGAUAACCCAAAAACCUUAUUACAAUACCAGCACCCAGACAGAUGACAGUCUGGCUGCUGAUUCUGGCAUUCAUUCCACCUACGGACCAUCGUCUAUUAGUUCUAUGUCCUCAUCAGUAACUGUAAAGUCAGAUUCUUCAUCACAUAGUUCUGGAAUAAGCAGUAUGACAUUCAGUGAUCAGUCCAGUGCUGGAAUGCUUAGAAAACUCUCUGAGGAAUUUUAUCGUGGUAGGCUGCAUGGCAUUAAUCCAAGUGAUAGAAGACUGUCCUCUGCAUCUGCGUAUGAUCACGAUUUGAAAAGUCCUCGUUCUGAUGCACAUUUUGGUGUUCUAAAAGAGGCAGAAUCUUGUAACAGUGUAGUAAUACACGCUCACGAAUCAUCCGGGCCUUUUGGGCGAGAUGACAUGGGCUCAAGCCCGAGUCUGGCAAGCUCCAAGCCGGAAAUGUCUGACAACGAACACGACUCAAACGAUUUCCGUCACAGGGCGAGAUACAGCAUGGAUUCUGGAUCGGUCAUUCACAAAGCAUCAGCGAGCAUGUCCAUGGUCCCUAGAAAUUUAAACGAGUCCAGAUUCACAUCUGAAAGUAACUUAUCCUCAGGGCACCUGUCUCAGAGGAACUCUCACAGCCAGAGCUUGCUGCAGCUCAACCGCCCGCCCUCCGCCCUCAGUGAUCCACGUCAGUUUUCCCAGAGUUCCUACACGUCGUCCUCCACUUCCUCUCGGCCUCGAGGCUCAAUGGAGGCUCGUUCUUCGGGUAGCCGAGUGAGUUCAGCCUCGUCUAACACGGGCGAUCUAAAGCCUGAUAAGUUUAGACUUGACUCUGACUCUGUGUUUUAUGAUGGAAAGGUAUCACCGGCUCCAGAAGGGAAUGAUGGUCAGAAUUCAGACAGUGGUAAAUCUGGGACCCUUGGUAGGAAGGAGAGCAUGAAAAUGGCUUAUGGAACUUACGAUGAGCAUGAGCAUCAGUAUGCCACCCCCUAUGGCCAUCAGCGAAACAACAGUGAAGUGUUGUCGCCUUCUGCGAGGGACGCAGCACAUGGAAGGUCCAUGUCGUUAAAUGACUAUUUACCCAUGCAUGCAAAUGCUGCAGAGGCCUUGAGACUGGGCCAGAUCACGGAAGAAGGAUCUGAGAUCAGAUGGCAGGAAGCUGUGCAAAAGUCUAAGUCACUUUCUAGGGGGGCAAUGUCAUCUAACUAUGAAAACAUCAAUAUAAGUUCAGGUAAUGAUGGUAACAGUUAUGUGUCCGUAAAGGAAAGUGAUUCAGAAAAAUCGGAUAAUGAAAAGAAACGCAGCGGGAUGAGGCGUACUGCAUCAGAGCAGUUUAAACCUAAAAAGGAUAGACAAAAGGAAAAAUUAAGUGAUUCAAGUAAAGGUGGAUACAGUUCAAGUGGUGGUGAAUCUUCCAAGGGGAAUAAAUCUGAUGGAGAGAAUGUGGGUAAACCAUUGUCUCAUCAGCACUUAUCAGAUUCUGAUUUGAAAAAAAGGCAACAGGAGGCGGUUUUGGAUUUUGUUAAACGUAAGAAAAAGGGGUCUGAUAGUUCAGAGCAGCAUAGCCCAAAUGUGAAGGACACCGCCCCUGAAUCUCCCCCUCCGCCCAUUCCAGAUGGGACAUCCCCUCUAACAGGGACCACAAAUCCCCCACAUUCCCCUCUGACGGACAUUACAAAACGAUACAACUACACACAGGCACAGCGAAACGAAAGCAUGCGUAGAACGCAAUCAAUCACUUCGAAUUCCUCUAAGGAAUCUGAUUACAUGGAUAUGAAGAAGAUGAAUAUCCAGACGGAGUGGAGUAGACUGCGGGCCCAGGACAGCAAACAACCACGUCGUCCGCUGUCUAUUGGGUCUGACUUUGGCAGUGUGGACGGUCAUUCAACGCCAUCUAUUUUGACACCUGAUGGCGAGCCAGUCCAUAAACGCAGCACCAGCGAGACGCUACCAAAACAUAUUGAAGCUGCACAGGCGCAACAAGAGCCAACCAGUCCUGAAUCAAUCCCCCCUGCUGGUGAUGACGGCACCAUGGUGACCGCCCCGAUCUAUCACAACCUGUCCACAGGGGACUACCCCCGCCGCCCACCUCCGCCCGUCCCAGGGGUCCACAGUGAGAGCCCACCAGCCCUCCCGCCCCGCCGCUUCAUCAACAGCAAGUCUGAGUCCUUCCUACUGAGUCGUGUGGAUCCUAGUCAGCAAGAAGCCUUGAAGAGUGCCUACCAGGAGGAGGCUGGGGUCAUUGCCCCAUCUGGGACCAGAGCCUGGGAGGCCAACACUGGAACUCUUAAAGAGGAUGCGUACGCGGCGCAGCUCAGGCGGCAGGCCCGCAGGUUCUCUGAGCAACAUAAGCCUGUCGGGAUAUCCAUGCAGGUGGUGUCUACAAAGUCCACAGUGCAGGUGUCCCUGUCGCAGUCCUACAAACAGGAGCCGGCGGCCGCUAUGGAAGCAAAAUCAGCCUUGCACCUUUCACCCCAGACCUCUCACAGUCAGUUGGAUGCUAAGCAGAUUUGUGCGCUGCACUCUCCCCCGCUGUCUCGUGACAGAGCCACCCCUGAACCACCGCCCAUGCCAACGCCUUUGAAGAACGGGGAGGUGGAAGUGCCUGUGGAUCUGAACGCUACUGCGGAUUUCCCUCCUCCGCCAGUGGAGUUCAUGGAGGGAACAGACAAUGUGGCAGAUCUGAAUGGCAGAUGUGCUGAUGAUUCGUACGGCUCCUACAAGACCCGGUCCCCUCGUGAGCUCGGCAAGUACAAGCGUACCACGUCUGACACCACAUUGCUGAGACAGCAACAGGAUGUUAACACCUUCCAGCCUCUCCCAGAGAACAACGAGACGCCAAACAAACCUCCCCGCAAGAGGCUAGAGGGUCGUGACUCACCCAAUCUGGGUCAGCGCUCAUCAAAUCAAUACCGUAGGUCGCCGCCACAGGUUCCGGCUUUCCAGUCUGCUGACGUGACCUCGGUCCCCCAUGUGGUGAAAUCAGUGGCCCAACCGUUGCCCAAGGUUAAUUUACCAACCAGUAUGACCAGCUCGGGAAGUUUUACCGACACGGUCGUUCAGCGGCCAGGCGAUCGUAACAGUGUGUCUGAGGAACCACGGCCUACUGUGAAGGAUCGCGUGAAAAACAUUGAAGUGUUUGCACAUUCACCUGGCUCUACCAGGUCAGGCAGUCGUGAACGGUUACAUAGCAAUGGAUCUUCUGGAGCAACUGGUGAUGAGAAAAAAGACUCUAGCAUGGAAAAUCACAAAGCAGACUCUUUAGAGCGAUUGGAAAGUUCUGUGACUCAUAGUGAUAGUUUUAGAGACCGGCUUCGACCGGUGGUGAAAAAAGUGAGCGAUGAUGAAAGUAAACAUAGUGAGGAUAUGGCUGACAUUGUGUCUUCAACGCCUCCUGUGGUUCCUAACAGGACUUACAAGCAACAACAACCUGCUGUGUCAAAUAGCUCUAGUUACAGAAAAGACUCAUUUCAGAAUCAUGGCCCGAAGCCAUAUGCAAAUAAAUCAAACAACAGUGCCAAUAUUCAUAAUCCUUUACAUCAGAAUAAUGUUGUGAACUUUAGUCAAAGUCAGGACAUGAAGCGAAGUCCGGGUCAGUCGAUACCGGAGCCGCAAGUGCCUGCACGCAGCUGGAAAAACGAGCAGUUUGUGCGAGAUCAAAACUCAAGUGUUUCUAGUCCAGACUCAAGGCAUCACGGUGAUGCAAAUGAUACUGUUAAGAACAAAGAAAAUACGCAAGUCACUAGUGUUCAAAGUAGACAGAAAUGGAACCAUGAGACCACGUUUUCACCCAAUACCCGUAGUCACAUUCAUAAAUCUGAUAACCAAAAUGUAGCUAUAUUUCAACAAAAUCACCAUCCCAAAGAAAAAACCAGAGACAGUGAACAAAACCCUGGAACAGUGCCUUCUCAUUCCAUGUCCAGCCCUCCUCAAAGCUGGCAACAUCCCCCCACAUCUGACAACAGGCACCCCAGCAGUCAGACAAAAAUGUCCAACACUUCUCCACAUACUCAAAACAUUUCCACUUCGGUUAAUCGUAGUGAUCGCUCAACUCACUCAAAUCGCGCCGACCAGACCUUACCAGAUCAGCCAGUGCAGCCCGCGCUCAGCCAAGUCAGCCUGAACCACGGCCGCCAGACAGUGGCCCCCCUCGUCAGUGUGCAGCAUGGCCGGCAGCCAUCGGCCGAGGAGCUGGAGUGUGACUUGAGGGCCCAGGAGCUGGCCAAGGUGCUAGGGGAAAGCGAGAGGGAGCUGUGUGAGGUGCUCCAGUCUGACAGCAAGAUGAGCCGCAUGCAGUUCCUUGAUGGAAUCCUCCAGGUGGAACCCGAGACUCCAGAGGAGCGACGGCCUCGCUCGGCAACCAAGGGCGAUGAGAAAUCGACGCCACAGAAGUCAGAAGAAAAGUCAGAUGAGCCCACCUCUCCGAUGCCUUCAAAUUACUACGUGUCUCCACCGAAGGCCAUGAUAGAGUUGGAGAUAAGAAAACUCACAGACAGCCAUCAGUUAGGACACGACAUCGCAGACAAUGACACCCUCGCACAGAAAAAGGAGGAGCUGUUACAGCGGAUGAUGAAGAAGGUGGAGGUGCUUAAGGAGGACAAGAAGGAGCUGCUGUCGGACAUCACCGAGAACGAGACCCUUGGCAAACAGGUGGGCGUGUUCGUGGAGACGCGGUGUCGCAGUCAGCAGGAGAAGGACAAGUACCGCUCGUACAUUGACGACAUCGACAAGAUCAUACGGCUGCUGCUCAAGCUGUCAGGGCUGCUUGCACGCGCAGAGAACACCAUACAGGGCCUCAAGGAGAACACUAAUGAGAAAGUGAAGAAAAUGACCCUGGACAAGCGUGAUCGGUUGUACCAGCAACAUGAGGACGCCAAGCAGUUGAAGGUGGACAUUGAUCGGCGGCGUGAGCAGGUGGAGGCGUUCCUUGGGGAGUGUCUGAGCGGGGCAGAGCUGCAGGACUACCAGUACUACAUCCGGAUGAAGUCCAAAUACACCAUACAGCUGCAGGAGCUAGAGGAUAAGAUCACGCUGGGAACCGAGCAGAUAUCUGCACUGCAGAAGAGUAUGCCACUGAAGAAGUAACAUCUGCAGGGAGCCAAAUGAUGUGUUGUAUUUUGAACACAAUUUUUACCCGUUCUUAACAGAACCUGUUUCAAUGUGUUGAAGAAUUUUUUAAUUAAGAAACUUUAUAAUUGGGAAUUUAAAUUCGACUCGAAUGGUAAAAAUAAGACUUUGUUGUGACUGCAACAGGUAUAUAAAAACCUAGAACAAACUUUUAAGGAAGUCAAACAAUGUCCUUGCUGAAAGAGAGAUAUUUCAUUUAAUGACUCAUAUAUCUCCUAAUCCCUUGAAAGGAUUUUCUGUUUAGGAUUGUAUUUGUUCAUUGAGGAUUUUUAGUGGUAUGUCAUAGAUGAACUUCAUUGGUACACCAUCUGUAAUUACUUGUCAUUUUAAGAUGCAGAUUUAGAUGCAUUGAUUUGCUUCAGAGGGGGUAAUCACGUGAUAGUCAAGAUGGUGACGUCCAUACCGAGACAGUUAUUUUUCGCUGCUUUAUACCCUUUAUUACUUCCGUUUAUUUUUUAAAUGACGCUCACUUUCCAGCCAUAUCAGUAAAAAGGUGAUUAGCGUUUAUUUCGUAUUUAAAUUCGCUUUAUAUCUCGACUUUACUCGGUGCAAAUUUUCUUAGUUAGGUCAUCCCGCUAAGACAUUUUGCACAGAGUAAAGUCAAGAUAUAGAGCGAAUAUUACUUAGAAAUAAAAGACAGUAACUUUCUUUUUAAUAUGGCUGGAAAGUGGGCGGAAUAAAAAAUAAUAAUACAAAUAAUAAAGGGUAUUACACUACGAAAAAUACCUGCCUCGACAUGGACGUCGCCAUCUUGUUUGUCACGUGAUUACACACUCUGUUGCUUAAUUAUCAAUUUCUGUUGAGAUUUCUUGUACGUGUAUGAAUAAUAUUCGUACACCAUUUGUGAUGUUUCAUGGUGUUGUAUUUGAAGAGUAGAUACCUUAUGUUUGUACCGGCAGUCUUUCGAACGCUUCACACGAUUCCUUGACAGAGUUGUUGUUGUUAUGACAACAUGACUGAGAUGUCGUUGCCAUGACAAAAUGUAGGGAUUUCGUCAUUGAUGAGGCUAUGUGUUUUCGUAUAUUUAUUAUUUAUUUAAAAGUAAACCAAUUUUGUUGGUUCUUAUGGGAGGAAGAUAUUACUGGCAGUGUGCAUUUACAAUUUUAACCCCAGAUUCUUAUGUUACUUUUCACAUUUUCGUUUGUAAUCUAUCAGUGCACAUUUUCAUUUUCGUCUUAAUGGUGCAUUCAUGUACAUGUUUAAGUUUGUUAAACUAAUAAUGUACAUUUCAUAUCUAGGGGUACUAAUAAUGUACAUUUCAUAUCUAGGGGCAUUUAUGUACUUUCCACCUGUAUUUUGGGACUAAGUCCGAAAGCUUUUGCAUUAUCACAAAUUACUGGAAAAUAGAUUCUGAAGGAUGGUUACCAUGGCAAUCAGAAUUACAUAUUUUUAUGUGUGCUGAAUGAACUGUGUAUUAUACUGUAAAAAAUGUGUAUGUUGUUUAUGUCUAUUUUAUUAAUAUAACAAGGGUAUGAUGGCGUUAAAAAAUGAAAUACAAACACUUGUUUCAUUGUUUUUAAUCAUUUGCAAUGUGAUAUGACCAGUGCUAAUAUGUUGUUUUCACGUUUCAAACUGUUAAACAAAGACCAUCAUCACAUUCAGUCAUUUGUAUAUAAAUUAUUGGCUUCAAUAUGAAAUAACCAAAUAAAAAAUCAUCAAAGGCUGGCUAUUGUAUAUUAUGUGAAAUUCAUUAAUUGUAACAUAAUUUUAGUGAGACAUUCCUUUUCUUGUGUUAGUAAAUGUUUACUCACUAGCAAUUGGUACAUGUGACUGGGUCAUAAUCUUAACUAUGAAAUAAUUCAAGUACAAAUAAAAUGUGUACAAUU